AUGGAGACCAUAUCAAGGAUUUCGUCCAUGCUGGAAACAGCUCGAGAGCUCACGCUCGAAGCUGCCCAAUCAGCCGGCGGCAGCAAGGGUUUGCGAAGCAAUUCCUCUUCGCGUGGGCUCACUUCGGCGCAAAUAAAGAAGCUUCUCGAAAGCCGCAAUGAGCGCGACGUCUUGGAGGGGAUGCGGAAGGUCAUCGCCUUGAUGUACCAAUCCGAAUCCUCUCUCCAGUACUUCUCCGCCGUCGUCAAAAAUGUCGCGAAUCCUAAUAUCGAAGUCAAGAAGCUCGUCUACAUCUACCUGCUCCACCAGGCCGAAGCAGAGCCAGACCUCGCGUUGCUGUCGAUAAAUGCCAUCCAGAAGUCCCUCACGGACCAGAAUCCACAAGUCCGGGUAAUGGCGCUGCGCACCAUGUCAGGGAUCAGGGUCCCCGUCAUCAGCCAGAUCGUGUCCCUCGCCAUCAAGCGUGGCUGCGGAGAUAUGAGUCCCCAUGUCCGCAAGGCCGCUGCAUUGGCUAUUCCGAAAUGUUACCGACUAAACCCGAAUACACUUCCGCAGUUGACGGAGUAUCUAUCGACGCUCCUGGGGGAUAGCCAAUAUUUCGUCGUUGGGCCAGCCGUAUCUGCGUUCCUUGACGUGUGCCCCGAUCGCCUUGAUCUCAUCCACAAGCACUACCGGAGUCUGGUGAAAAAGCUGGUGGAUAUGGACGAAUGGAGUCAGCUGGCUACUUUGCGGCUUCUGACCAUUUACGCAAGGAAGUGUUUUCCCCGGAGGACGCAGAAGGUCAAGAAGGCAGGACCCAAGGGGUUCUACGAUGAGGACGAUGCGCCUAGCCAUGAAGAGGCUGCGGGUGAAGACACAGGCGAAGAAGUGGUCGUACUGGACCCCGAUCUGGAAUUGUUCUUGCGAGCUUGCAAACCGCUCCUGCAGAGUCGUACCUCUGCUGUUAUCGUGAGCGUUGUCCGUUGCUACCUCUACCUGGGCACGCCGGAGUAUCUGGAGAGUGCCAUCGGCCCGCUUGUGGCCCUUGUCCGCUGUCCACAGGACAUUCAAUAUGUUGCGCUUUACAACAUCGUAGCCGUAGCCUUGAGGGCCCCGGCUCCGUUUGCGAAAUACGUCUCCCAUUUCCUAGUACACUCUACCGAUCCGCCGCAUAUCUGGCGGCUUAAGCUCGAGGUUCUGACGAUCAUAUUCCCUCAUCUCGGGAUGCAUUGGAAGGGUGUGAUCCUCAGCGAGCUGGAACAUUUCUCGCGAGGGAGCAAUCCGGAAUUGGUGCGAGAGAGCGUCCGUGCAAUCGGACGUUGCGCACAGAGCGACCCCCGGACCUCGAAACAUUGCCUUCGAGUGCUUUUGAGUCAGAUCUCGAGCGCCGAUGAGAAUUUAGUCUCUGAGUCUCUUACAGUGAUUCGCCAUCUGAUCCAGCAGGACCCAUUGUCUCAUAAGCAGACAGUGAUCCAGCUAGCGAAGUAUCUCGACACGACUACCAGCCCGGAGGCAAGAGCCUCGAUUAUUUGGCUCGUGGGCGAAUUUGCAUCCGUCGAUCCGGAAAACAACAUCGCACCGGAUGUGUUGCGCAUCCUGGCGAAGAGAUUCGCCGACGAAACCGAGGUGGUGAAGCAGCAGAUCGUCCUGCUGGGCGCGAAGGUAUAUCUGCAGCAUCUCCUGCAGACUCAUCCUCCGCAGCAGCCUCCGCCGAAGCCUGCUCAAACAGAGCAGGAAGACAGCAACGCCUGGGCUGAAACCCAGGAUAGUAGUGGCGCAGCAGAGCAACAGCAAUCACAAGAACAGCUGCCGGAAAAACCGCCAGAAGAGGACCGCAUAACUCUUCUCUGGCGAUACAUCCUCCUCCUGGCGCGGUACGACGUCUCAUACGACCUGCGCGACCGCGCACGACUCUACAAGGCACUACUCGCCAACCCCAACGCGACACAACUCGCUACCCUACUGCUCCAGGCGCCGAAGCCUGUUCCACACGCACCCAGCCCGUCGGACUCCCGGAAGGAUCUCCUGAUCGGCACUUCGACGCUUGUCGUGGGGCCUGACGCUGGAUACCACGGGUUAAGAGGCUAUGAGCCGCUUCCAGACUGGGUACCAGCUGGGCAGGAGCCCGACAGGAGCCUACGAGAUCAGGGGAUGAUGAUGGAAUCUACUACCAUAGAACGAGGCGCCGGCACCGGCACCGGCCUCACGGCCAGCGAGAGGCUGGACAGGGCGCUGCGAGAGCAUGAAAGAGAAAGCAGCGCAGCAGCAGCACGAGGCAAGAAAAUUGCUCCAACAGGAACUACUAAUAAUAAUCGCCCCAAGACGCUGGACGAGUGGCUCAACGACGAGGACGAAGAAUCCGAAGAGGAAGAAGAAGAGGAAGAAGAAACAGAAUCAGAGUAUGAUGAAGAGGAAGAGGAAGAGGAAGAGGAAACCGAAUCCGGCGAAGAAGAGACUGAUUCAGAAGAAGAAGACGAAGAAGAGGAGGAGGAGGAUGACGACGAGGAAGAAGAAGAGUCCGACGAAGGCGAGAGCCACGAGAGGAAAGGGCUGCUGAAAAAGGAAGAUGAAGAUGUAUUACUAGGUAGAGCAUAA